AGAGCAAUCACCUCACAGACUUGUACCGAAAAGAAGAGACCAUCAGCGUGGCAGGGAACGGCUGCAUCCACAGUCCUCGCUUCCCCAGCAGUUACCCCCGGAACCUCCUGCUGACGUGGCGGCUCCACUCCCCAGACAGCACCAGAAUCCAGCUGGCUUUUGAUAAUCAGUUUGGACUGGAGGAGCCUGAAAAUGAUAUCUGCAGGUAUGACUUUGUGGAAGUGGAAGAUGUAUCAGAGACCAGCACAGUUAUACGAGGACGGUGGUGUGGGCACAAGGAAGUACCUCCAAGAAUAACAUCAAGAACAAAUCAGAUAAAGAUAACCUUCAAAUCUGAUGACUACUUUGUGGCUAAACCUGGAUUCAAGAUUUGUUACUCCCUUGUGGAUGAUUUCCAGCAUGCAGCCUCAGAAACCAACUGGGAGUCAGUCACAAGCUCUGUCUCAGGGGUAUCCUAUCCCUCUCCAUCAGUGACUGACCCUACGCUCACAGCGGAAGCACUGGAUCAGACCAUUGCUGCAUUUGACACAGUGGAGGAUCUGCUCAAACACUUCAACCCAGAGUCCUGGCAAGAAGAUCUAGAGAAUUUGUACACGGACAGUGGCCACCAUUAUCGAGGCAGGAGCUAUCAUGACAGGAAGUCCAAAG